AUGGGGGAGAAAACCUGUGCCACCCUGUGUGCCAGGCACGAGAUAUUCCUGGAUAUAGACAUUUUUGGGGUUCAGGACAUUUGGAAUGACAUCACAUGUAAAGCAGUUGUCUACCUGUACAGGUUAAUGAGGAACCUGUCUCUUAGCACCACCUGCAUGCUGAGUGUCCUUCAGGCCAUCACCCUCAGCCCCAGAAGCUCCUUUCUGGCAAAGUUCAAACAGACAUCUCCACAGAAGAGGUUCAUGUCCCUCUUCAGUGUGUACAUGGUGACCCUCUUGUGCAGGCAUAAGAGGCAGUGCCAGCACCUUCACAGCACCAGUCUGUGUCCAAAAGGAUCCCCAGAGCUGAGGGCCAACAGGACCAUCCUACUGCUCAUGGGUUCCUUUGUGGUCAUGUACUUUGUGGACUGCAUUUUCUCAUCCUCCUCUGGAAUGAUGUGGAAGAAUGAUCCAGCUCGCCUUGGGGUCCACAUGUUGGUGGGCAAUGGCUAUGCUGCU